AUGACGUUGCAGUGGACUGCUGUGGCCCUCUUCCUCUAUGUGGAGAUUGGAAUCAUCGUCAUCCUCUGCUUGCCCUUCAUCUCAGCCAGGAGAUGGCAGAGUAUUUUCCAGCUGCGCAUUUGGGGCUUUGUGACGAGGUUCUGGAACAAGGUGUUUCUCACCAUGAUCAUAGUACUCAUUGUUCUCUUUCUUGAUGCUGUGCGAGAGGUGAGGAAAUACUCUGCAAAAGAAAUUGGCACAGAUGCCAAGCUGCAACCAAAUAUGUUUGACCACCUGCACAUGAAGCUCUUCAGAGCCCAAAGGAACCUCUACAUUUCCGGCUUUGCUGUCUUCCUCUGGCUGGUUAUGAAGCGAUUGAUCACUUUAAUCAACCAGCUAGCAUCUGUGUCUGGGUCUACAGCCGCUCUUCAAACCCAAGCUCAGAAUGCAAACCAGGAAGUGGAGAAGUACAUGAGGGACAAUGAGAAGCUUAAACAAACUCUGAUGGAAGGGCAGGGGGAUAAGGCUACUUCUGAGGGCAUGGAGCUGUUAAGAGGAGAAAUGGGGAAGCUGAAAUAUGAGCUGAAGGUGUCUGGAGAAGCCCUGAAGAAGUCCCAAGCCGAGGCAGAUGUCAUGCAGAAACAGAUGGACGGCCUCGCCAGGGAGUAUGACCGGCUGCUGAAAGAACACCAGGAGCUGCAGAAUCUUCAAGAUAGUGGAACCAAAAAGGAUGACUAG